UGGGGGAGGGGUAUGGGGGAGCUGCCCGGAGCCUGGAGAAGGGGAGCCAGCGCAGGAGGUGACUGGAGCCGCGGUAGCGGCGGCAGGAGCAGCAGUGGCUGCAGUCUCAGCCGCGGCAGCCUCAUCCAGGGUGGCGCAGCAGACAAUAACCGGACUGGAAACGUGACUGGGCCGGACCCAACUGUGAUGCUUCCUGAUUGAUGAUGUUAUAACAGUGCCUGGAAGCCAGAAGGCUGCAUUUUCAGUUGAAUAUACCUGAGUUGUCCCCAUCACCAUGGAGACCCAAAAGGAUGAAGCUGCUCAGGUCAAGGGAGCAGCAGCCUCUGUGGAUACCCAGGACCAAGGGGAAGAGAAAGGAGCCAAGAACAAAGCAGCUGAAAUGACAGAAGGGCCAGCAUCAGAGCUACCCUCAUCUGGCCCAGGUAGGCUGAAGAAAACUGCCAUGAAACUCUUUGGUGGUAAGAAGGGAAUCUGUACCUUGCCUAGUUUAUUUGGAGGGGGACGAAGCAAAGGUUCUGGGAAAGGCAGCUCCAAGAAGGGUCUUAGCAAGAGCAAGACCCAUGAUGGUUUGAGUGAAGCAGCCCAUGGCCCUGAAUACAUUGUCAGUGAAAGAACCAGCCUUUCCUUACCUUUGCCUGAGUCACGCUGCCAACUUCCUAGCUCCCAGAGUGCCCAUGGGGCUUUGGAGGCAGGCUCCAGAUGCAAGACAUCUAUGGCUGCAGCCACAGAGAAAGCUGGGGCCCAGAAGGCCCCCUCUGUGCCCAAGCCAAAGAAAGGACUAAAAGGUUUUUUCAGCAGUAUCCGCCGUCACCGGAAGAGCAAGGUCUCUGGGUCUGAGCAAAGUGAACCAGGGGCCAAGGGGCCUGAGGGGACCAGAGUCAGGCCUCAUGAGCAUGUGAGCUCAGCCCUUCUGUCCCACACUGAGGAGACCCUCCAAGCCCCAAGAAAGGAAAAUGCCAAACCCCAAGAUGCCCCUUGGCCAAAAGUUUCUUCAGCACCAGAACCUUCUCCAGCAGCCACUGAGAAGACAGCCUGUAAAGAUCCAGAAAAACCCAGGGCCUGUGAGGGCUAUGCCUCAGCACUUCUACAGCCUAAAGCUGUCCCUGGAGCCAGUGGCCCAGAGGAGCCCCACAGCCCAGAAACAGGGGAGAAGGUGGAGGCAAGAGAAGUAAAUCCACCUAAUGGCCCUGUGGGGGACCAGCUGAGCCUCCUGUUUGGGGAUGUCACAUCCUUGAAAAGUUUUGACUCACUGACAGGUUGUGGUGAUAUCAUAGCAGAGCAGGACAUGGACAGUAUGACAGAUAGCAUGGCCUCUGGAGGCCAGAGGGCCAACCGAGAUGGGACCAAGCGAAGUUCCUGCCUGGUGACCUACCAAGGAGGUGGGGAGGAGAUGGCCUUGCCAGAUGAGGAGGAGGAAGAGGAGGUGGAAUUAGAGGAAGAAGAGGAAGUCAAGGAGGAAGGAGAUGAUAACUUAGAAUAUCUGUGGGCGAGUGCCCAGAUGUACCCAAGACCCAAUCUGAAUCUGGGCUACCAUCCCACCACACCCCCAGGCCACCAUGGCUACAUACUGCUUGACCCAGUCAGGUCUUAUCCUGGUCUAGCCCCCGGGGAUCUUUUGACUCCUCAGAGUGACCAGCAAGAAUCUGCCCCCAAUAGUGAUGAGGGAUAUUAUGACUCCACCACACCUGGAUUUGAGGAUGAUUCAGGUGAGGCCUUGGGGCUUGUCCACAGGGAUUGCCUGCCCCGAGACAGCUACAGUGGAGAUGCCCUCUAUGAGUUCUAUGAACCAGAUGACAGUCUUGAGAACUCCCCACCUGGGGAUGACUGCCUUUAUGACCUCCACGGUCACAGCUCUGAGAUAUUUGACCCAUUCUUGAACUUUGAGCCCUUUUCUUCCUCUCGGCCACCUGGGGCAAUGGAAACAGAGGAAGAACGGCUAGUGACUAUCCAGAAACAGUUGUUGUAUUGGGAGCUUCAGCGGGAGCAGCUUGAGGCCCAGGAAGCCCGGGAGACACAUGCCCGAGAGGCUCACACCAGGGAGGCCUAUACCCAAGAAGCUCAUGCCAGGGAGGCCCAUGCCCAAGAGGCCCACACCCGAGAAGUUCAUGUCAGAGAGGCCCAAGCCCGAGAGGCCUAUGUCAGGGAGGCCUGUGCCCGAGAGGCCCAAACCCAGGAGGCCCGUGCUCGAGGGGCUCAAGUCCGAGAGCUCCAGGCCCGGCAGGAGAAGCCCAUCAUGGAGUAUAAGAUGAGGCCCUUAGGCCCAUCAGUGAUGGGCCUGGUGGCAGGGGCAUCAGGAGCCUCUCAGACUUCCCAACGGGGAACUACCUCAGCUUUCCCUGCUACUGGAAGCAGUGAGCCAGACUGGAGGGACUUCCGUCCUCUGGAGAAGCGUUUUGAGGGAAGCUGCUCCAAGAAAGAUCAAAGUACCUGCCUGAUGCAUCUCUUCCAGAGCGAUGCUAUGUUUGAGCCAGACAUGCAAGAAGCAAAUUUUGGAGGCUCUCCCAGGAGGGCCUACCCUACUUAUUCACCCCCUGAGGAGCCAGAGGAUGAGGAGGUUGAAAAGGAAGGGAAUGCCACUGUGAGUUUCUCACAGGCCCUCGUGGAGUUCACCAGCAAUGGGAACCUCUUCUCCAGCAUGUCCUGCAGCUCUGACUCUGACUCAUCCUUCACUCAAAACCUCCCUGAGCUACCCCCCAUGGUGACCUUUGACAUCGCUGAUGUGGAACGGGAUGGGGAAGGCAAGUGUGAAGAGAAUCCUGAGUUCCACAAUGACGAAGACCUUGCAGCCUCCUUGGAAGCUUUUGAGCUGGGCUACUACCAGAAACAUGCCUUUGACAACUACCGCAGCCGAUUCUACCAAGGGCUGCCUUGGGGUGUGAGCAGUCUCCCUCGAUACUUGGGACUGCCUGGCAUGCACCCUCGACCUCCACCUGCUGCUAUGGCCCUCAAUAGAAGGAGCCGCUCCCUCGACACUGCAGAUACCCUGGAGCUCGAGCUCUCCAGUUCCCACCUGGCCCAGGGCUACAUGGAAUCUGAUGAGCUUCAGGCUCAGCAGGAAGAUUCAGAUGAAGAAGAGGAAGAAGAAUGGGGUAGAGACAGUCCCCUGUCCCUCUAUACUGAACCUCCAGGGGCCUAUGACUGGCCUGCCUGGGCCCCCUGUCCUCUCCCAGUGGGGUCACUCCCUUCCUGGAUAAGUCACAGCCAGUUGGAUGGGGCUUCCAGCCAGUCUCCAUAUGGGCAGGCAGCCUGUUGUGUACCUCCUGUGCCCAUGUCAAUGUUGUUGUCUGUACUGGGGCCAGAGUCAAGGGCACAUGGGGAAUCCGGGCCUCAGCUAGCUCGGCCUUCGCACUUACCCUUGCCCAUGGGCCCUUGUUAUAACCUCCAGCCUCGGGCCUCCCAGAGUAUGAGGGCCAGGCCUCGAGAUGUGCUGCUGCCUAUCCAUGAGCCUAGUUGCUCCUCCAGUUCUGGAGGCUUGAGCCCUAGCCCUCUGCCCCAUGCCAAGCCUGUGGGCAUCACCCUUGGCAUCCCUCAGCUGCCCAGCAUCCGGCCUGAGACCCCACAGCCUCAGCCCAUUCACUACGAGGUUUCCAGCCUUGACCUGUCAAAAGAGAGGGCCGAACAAGGUGCCUCUCUCCCCACCAGCUACUCCUCCACUGCCGUAAAUGGAAACUUAGCUGAAUAGUCAUCAUGAAUUCUGGAGUAGGGGCAUGGGGCCUGAGCAUGUGAAUGGGGAUCGGGGGUUGGGCAGAGGGGUGGGGACUGGGGGUUGCUGUUUAACUUGAAAAUCCUUUUGGCCAGGGAAAACUCCUAUGAGUUUUCACCUUUGUUUUCCCACUUCCCUGUUCUGCCAUCUGUGGCCACAUUCAGCUUGAGUCCAUCUGCCCAGGGAGGCUGCUGCUGCUGCUGUGCUCUGGUUUUUGCUUUUGGGGUUUCUUCUUGUGACCCACGCAGGGUUUGGGAUGCUGUAAUUUUGUGCCUAUUCCAGUUGCUGAGUUAGUGAUGAUAUAUAUAGCAUGCAUCCUUGACACAGGCUGAACCCUUAGGGCCCCGCACUCCCUCCCAACCCAGUGAAUGAUGAACCACUGAUGAGCAGCCAGGUCUGCACUGCCUCCCACUUGGGGACAGGGGGCUUGUUUCCUGUUAGCAAUGUGAAAUUUUGGUACAGAUCCUCCUCAUCCCCACUCCCUUCGGUCUUGGAAUAGCUGCCACCAUUAUACCAGAUGACUAUAAUCUAUUCACCCCAGCUAGCUGUCCUUAGAGAGGAUCAAGUAGCAUGUGUCUCACUGCCUAUUGCUGUGGACUUUAGCAUCGUACCCAGGUGGAGGCCUUUUAACCUGGCGUGCCAUAGCUUGGGCUGAAGACAAAAAUGCUAAUCCCCUUAAUGGAGUGAUCAAAUUCAUCAAGUUGCAAAGAGAAGACAAAAUAGGGUUCUAUCGUAGACACUGCCCUAAGUCUUGAGCUCUGGAAUGAUAGGAUUUUUUCCUUCUUCCUUUCUUAAGCUUAUGACUGCCUGAGUUGCAGAUGCUUUUGAAUUUUGGUUCUUUUUUCAUCCAAAGGAAAUUUUAAUAAUCUCAUCACAAAGAACACAUUCUUUUAAUUGAGAUACAGGAAGAGAAGCGGCCUAAAUUAGGCUUGACCAUAGGUGUUGGGGUUUUUGCAAGUUGCAAGGGAAGGAUAGGAAAAGGAAGUCCAUUCGUCCCAGCCAGCAGGAAAGAAGAUUUCAGACAUUGCAGAACUCGAGGCAACCCAGCUUCUUAGAAGGGAAAAUUGCUUCCCCCUCAAAAACAAAAAGUUCCUUAAGCAUUGCCCAUCCCUUCAUUUGGAUGAUAUAAGAGGAUCCAGGCUAGCACUCCCAAGAGACAGGAUACCAAAGGCAUGUAGGCUGCUGCUCUGGGCUCUCUAAAGAGCUUUCAUCUUCCAAUUAGCCAAGUCCUUAGCAUCAUCAGAGGACCGGGCUUCUUGAGAGGAAAGACUGUGACCUGCCCUCACUCUGCCAAGCUGUAGGACUCUGAUAUACCUGGCAGUUGCAGCCCUUUAUGGAAGGAAUGACACCUUCCCUUCUCCUAUAUCCACACAGUUUUCAUAUUAAACCAGCUUGGCAAUACUGGUAGGGAAGAGUUGCUGUCGGGAAGACAUUGUAACAGGCUAAUCUUACCAGGCUCAAUCUCUCAUUGAUCACCAAUAUGAGAGGGUUCCUUUUAAAUUUAUUAAUUGGAAAUAGCAUAUGGAACAUGUUUUGCCUGGGUAUGUUGGCCCAAAUUAUGAUCCUUGACCCCCUGCCCCAUCUCUGCCCCCAUCUUCCACCCAUCUCCAUGCCUGUUAAGAGAAGAGGUCAGUAAGAGCUCUUGCCAUUCCUGAGAUACGGCAACUUAGCUUGGGUACAGAGUGUUGUUGGCAUCUCGAGUCAAGGUGACUUUGUGGGCAAACUGCUGCUUGGCCAGGGGAUGUGUCCAUGCUGCUCUUUGUCACCAUUUCUCAGAUUGGGGUUGGCCCAGUGCACCUACACAUACCUGGCUGGUAGAAGCUAUACCCCUGGAAGUACCACAUGAGUUUACAUGGCACCAACACCACCACUCAAUGGACCUAGACCAACUCUCCAGGCUGACUUUGUCUGCGUCAUGAAGAAAUGCAAGAGUCAUGGAGCUGGAGAGUGAAAGAGAGUAAGGAAGGCCCUCCUCACCCCAAG